CAAAUAUUGUGAAUUUUUUUUGAAGGGUUUUCCCCAUAGAUGGCACUCUAUAAAUCAGAUUUAUUCUUCACACUGCCAUCUGUGGGGAAAACCCUUCAAAGAAAUAAAAAUCACAAUAUUUGUUUUUUUAUAUACAAUUUAAAUUAUUUCAUAAUAUUUAAAUGAAUAAUUUCACUUUUGCCUCACGAAUUGACUUUAUAAAAAGAAUUGUAUCAAGUAAAAACUAUUUUUCAUUGCAAAUGCUUUAGAACUAGCGUUUUACAAGAAAUUGUAGAUUUGUAAAUCAGUUUUACAAUUCUCUGUAAAAUUGUAAAUCAAUCUUACAAGUUUUUGUAAACUUGUAAACCAAUUUUACAGGGAAUUGUAAACUUGUAAAUCAGAUUUACAGGCACCUGUAAAAUUGUAAGUCAAUUUUACAAUUUACAAGUUUACAAUUAUUGUAACUGUACGGUGCAACCGGCCCCAGGCACUAUUUAGUGCUUUUAUAAUAAAUUUUAUCUCAGUUUUGUCCAUAGUACGAUUUAGGUUUGAUUUUGGGGCUUAUUUUCUUCGUUGAAAGAAAAUUUCCUGAAUAUUUUCAUCCAAUGGGAAUUGCUGAUUAAUUUUUUUUUUGUGGGAAUUUUUCGUAAAUUUUCCGAUGGUUUUCUUUUGGGAUUUUGAGAUUUUUGUGACGACUUUCACUUGUUGAUUUUCUCGACUUUCCUACUGUUUCCUGCUUGAAAAUCAAGAAAUUCCACAAAGAAGAAUCGUCAUGAAAAAAUAUAAGUAAGAAAUAUUUUUUUUGUUUUGGCUAAAAACUAUAUCGGUGUUGUUUCCUGGCCAAUCGAUUUUCGGUAAUAUAUUUCAUUCGUAAUAUUUUUGAAAUUUGGGUCUAAUAUAUCUAUAAUGCGAUAUCCGAUACCAGUUUAAUGCAAUAGAUAAAUAUAGAUGUAUUAUUAGUUUAAUUUCAGUCAUCAUGCUGCAGCUUCAUGCUGUAUUUCUUAUUAAUCAUCGAGUCAAUAAAUAAGUUUUAUAUCGAAAACGCUUGAUUUAUUCACGCUUCUAAAGAAUCAUUUCGCGACUCAAUUGGAUUAAAUUCAGUUUGAAUUACGCGCCUGACUUCUGCUCACAACGUAAGUAUACAAAUGUCAAAUUGACACAAUUGUGCUCACUCGCACUAAAUGUCAUUCAGUUUAUCAGCUGUGAUACAUAAUACAGUUUAAUUCAUCAAUUGAAAAAUGUUUAUUAAAUAAACUGAUAGUUUUUUUCUUCAUUAUAAUAUACUUUGGAAAAUGGAUUGAUGGCAAAUCCAAUUUAUUUCCAAUUAGUGUGCAGUUAUUGCAACCAUUUUUAACUGAAGUAUUUGGAAUCUUUUCCAAUCUAUGUAUAGUGUAAUAUAGUAUAGUACAGUCACAAGUGCAUUUCUUCAAAAGUGAUUCCACAAUUGCAAAAUGUCACGCAUUCGAGAAAUAUUCAACAAGUAUCCACUGUUCAGAGGAAUGUUGUCGUAUAGUUUGAUAUGGCCAACUAGUGCACUUAUACAACAAAAAAUUGCGGGAAAGUCAUGGGAUUCAAUUGAUUGGGCCAAAUGUGCUCGAUUCAGCUUUUACGGUAGUCUUUACGUGGGCCCAACUCUUUACAUGUGGAUUCGUAUAUCGAGUCGUCUCUUUCCACAGCAAACUCUUCGGGCAGCAGUAUCAAAGGGUUUGCUGGAGCAAAUCUCUUAUACUCCCGCCGCAAUGACCAGCUUUUAUUUCAUAAUGAGUCUACUUGAGGGGAAAAGUGUCGAAGAGGGUAUCGCUGAAGUGAAAAAUAAAUUUUGGCCAACGUACAAGGCGGCAAUGUGUGUGUGGCCAAUCGUUUCAACGCUGAACUUCGCUUUAGUACCAGAAAAAAAUCGCGUCGUUUUCAUAAGUAUGUGUAGUUUAAUGUGGACAUGCUUUUUAGCAUAUAUGAAACAACUAAGUGUCGAAAAAGACAAUUUAAACGCACAAAUUGUUUCAAAUGUACAAUUCGAACAUCAGCAAAAGUAGUAAUCGAACAUCUUCGAAGUAUGUAUUACCAUAUUUCGAAAU